AGCCCCGGCGUGACGUCAUCCCUCGGCGCUGUGGUUGUGCCGCAGAAACGGUCCGCGGAAAAAAAAAAGGAAGCGCUGUGGGGUUUUGUUUUUUUUUAUUUAUCUUUUACGAUAUUUUUUUUAUCGGAGUUUAUCGUCGACAAUACAGAACAGCUACGGAGGUGUCGAAGUAAACGUUUAUUUACAAUGAAUACAUAAACAGGAUACAGCACGGGGCCAGCGGAAAUCGUUUUAGACGCCAGUUAGCUGACGUAGCAGCUAGCACACUGAGCUAACGGAUAAAUAACUGACAUUUUAUCAACCGUCAGUUUGUUACAGGGUUAUUAGACGUUAUAACGUUAGAAGAGAGACCGUGAGGUGUGUGUGUGUGAGAGAGAGAGAGAGAGAGAGACUCUCGAGGAUCAGAAUCAGCUCGGAGUGUUAGCUCAGCUAGCUAAAAGUAAAUAAAUAAUAAACAGUGUGUGUGUUUAAAUAUUAAACCCCUUUCCACCGAGUGCGCGCGAGAUCAUCGUGGAGAAAACGCUGGAUCUCGUGGGUCUGAAGCCGGGCUCGGGGCCGCUGCUCACCCCGCAGAAGAAGAUGAAGAAGCGCAAGGAGCUCAACGCGCUGAUCGGGCUCGGGGACGGGAAGCGCAAGAAGCCCAAGAAGAGCUCCGGACACCGGCUACUGCUGCGGGGAGACGCGGGGGACACGGACACCGAGAGCGGCUCUAGCUCCGGGGAAGAGGACGAUGAGGAGGAGUUCAGGAGUCUGAGCCUCAGUCCAGGGGCUUUCCGCAAGGGUUCUGCUCAGUGCUGCUCCGUGUGCUACCCCCUGUGUGUGUUCAUCGUCCUGGCCGCGUGUCUCAUGGCGUGUGCUGGACUCAUAUGGAUGCAGAUUGCACUGAAAGAAGACUUGGAUUCGCUCAAGGAGAAACUGCGCACCAUGGAGUCGAGUCAGAAGGCUUCUUCACACGAAAUACCGAAGCUGAGCGAGGAUCUGAAGGCCAAACAGAGGACGCUGGAGGAUAUCGAGAGCGGAGACAAGGGCUUAAAUAAAUUAUGGGCCAAUCUUACAGAUAUUAACAAAAAGAUAAGCACACUGGACUCUGCUGUGAACCAUCUGAAGGCCAACAUUAAAUCAGCAUCAGAUUUAAUUACCCUCCCAACAACCGUAGAGGAGCUCCAGAAGAGUGUGGCCACAAUCGGAAGCACACUUACCAGUGUACAACACGACGUAAAGAUGAUACAGAUUUUUAUUGAGGACCAGAAGAAAGGAGAACACAAACAGAACGGUGAAACGGACUCUUCAUUGUCGGUGGCUCAGGAUGAAAACAGCAGAACCGUGAAUGAAGGAACAGCAGAUGACGGCAGCUCCACGACAUCCUCAAGUCCACCCAACUCUCGCCAUCGGCGCUUUCUCAGCAAGAACCUCUCCAACAGGGAGAAGGUAGCUACGCCACAAACUCUCACCUUUCCUGGAGUCAACUCUGCUGAAGCUCUGGAGAAGGUCAUGCACGCUCAGCUGGAGGACAUCUCUGAAGGCGUGACGUAUGAGGAGCUGAGGAAGAUCUUCGGCGCUUCCACUCCAGAUUCCUGCCUCCUCAAGCCCUACGACACGGAUCAGGACCACCGGUACACGCUGGAGGAGCUUCGGGCCGCUGCUUCUCUCUGAGGAUAACGUUAACGCAUCAGUAACUGUGCAGUCGGUGGGGUGAAGAACGAUAAGACUGCAGGAGGACGACACGCUGCCUCGGUGUGAACCGACACGGCUGCUUUUGUUUUUCUUCCAAUUCCUGUAAUCCAGUAUUGGAGAGAUCUGAAGACCUCGUGCAUCAGGAUUGUGUUUGAGCGAGCACAGACGAGUGAAACCGUCUCCAGCAUUCUGAUGGACCUCCGAUGAAGAUUUUAUUAAUAAUCACCAAGGUGUAAAUAUGAUUGUGAAUACCUAAUCAAGACACGUCUAUAAGAGAGAUUCAGGCCGGUUACUUUGACACCCAGCCUCAAAAAUUCAGACACGACCCCCGGAUUUACACCGUUUUAAAAUCGUUCUUUUUUUUUUCUGUAUAGGAUCAAAACACAUUCCUUUUAAUCUUUAAAAAAAAAAGGAGGUUGUGAGGAAACGAUAUAAUAACACGCUAUUUAAUUGUGUAUUUAGCAAAAUGUAGCAAUAAUAUAUUACUCUUAAGGCUUAUUGGAUAUAUGAUGUGAUACUGUUUGUAUUCUGCAGUAAUGUAUUAGGGACAAGCUUCAACAAAAUAAGUGAUACUUCACCCUAAACGAUCAGGAUUAGUAGCUAGAGCUCCAAACACACAACUCUGAGAUUAACGUCACUGCGUUUACACUCACCAUCAGGCAGAAGUGUGACUGAAGCAAGAAUACACUGCAAUGGCAAAAGUUUUGGGACGUGCACAUGAAUGUAAUAUGGAGUUGGCCCGCUCUUAACAGCUUCAACUCUUCUGGGAAGGCUUUCCACAAGGCUUAGGAGAGUGUUUAUGGGAAUUUUUGACCAUUCCUCUAGAAGCGCAUUUGUGAGGUCAGGUGCUGAUGUUUGAUUGGAAGGUCUGACUCUCGGUCUACGCUCAAAGGUGUUCCAUCAGGUUGAGGUCAGGACUCUGUGAAGUUCCUCCACACCAAACUCACUCAUCCAUGUCUUUACGGACCUUGCUUUGUGCACUGGUGUGCAGUCAUGUUGGAACAGGAAGGGGUCAUCCCUAAACUGUUCACACAAACCAUGAAAUUGUCCAAAAUGUCUUGGUAUGAAGCUGAAGCAUUAAGAGUUCCUUUAUACUGGAACUAAGGGGCCGAGUCCAACCCCUGAAUUCAAUGAUUUGGAGCAAUGUCCCAAAACUUUUGGCAAAUUAGUGUAAGUGUGGGUUGUUUAAUGAGAUUAGUGAUUACGUACAACAAUCAUUCCCAUUCCUCCCUAUUAUAUUGAUUACCUCAUCAUUUUUCCUUUUUUUUGGCUCCUCCCUUCUUCUUCCUACUUCCUCUUUCCAUUCUGGUCCGAAGCUCUAGCUAUUGAUAAUGCUUCUUUUUUUUUUUCUUAAGGUGAACGAUCACUUUAACAGGUAGUGAAUGAAACACUGAUAAGGCAUGUACGUAUGUAUAUAUAUAUAUAUAUAUAUAUUUUUUAAUGCUAACGUCUCACACACUCACAUUCCAGUUACCUUAAACCAGGGGUGUACAAACUUUAAACAACCCGUGAGAUGUCUCUUUUUAAUCUGAAAGUACUUCCUGCUUGGUGUGUGUGUGUGUGUGUGUGUGAACAGAAUUCAGCUUUGAAAUGUUAACGGUAUUAUUUCUACGAACGUAGAUGAAUACUGGGGUGGAGCAGGGGCGGAGCUAGAUGCUCAGUGUCUCCUGUCUGGAGAAGUCAUUACCAGAAGACUCCUGAAGUGUAAAUCUGCUGCAUUGUAGUAUUGCAAAUUCAGUGUUUUAAUACAGCGUAUUUAAAAAUUGUGUUCAUGAAAUUAUUCCUCCAUCUGGAGCGCAAUAUACAAAAGUUUGUACACCCCCAUUUAUUUGUGUGUAUAUAUAUAUACUGUAUGAAUAGUGUAUUAGCCCGAGUAUCAGCCUCAUGCUUCACGUGGUACAGGUGCAGCACAGGUACACUUCCUGUCUGUAGGCUGAUGCUCCGGCUGAACUCUUAUCUGUUUCCCGUUUUUAAUAAAUGAUUGUUGAUGUGAAGGACUGGUUCAGGGAACCUGCUGGUGUACAAUAUUCAUCAUAAUGAAUGCACUUCUGCUCGGCAUGUUGCUUUUGAACGUAACAUGUAUAAAGGCUUAAUUUAUCCAAA